GGAGCAACCAUUAGUUUGGCUCCAGACGUAGAAGGAUCUGGUGAAACGGAAAUAACCACAGUCUCCACAAAUGAAGCUACCACAGUUGGUACCACUAGCUCUGCAUCUGAGUCCAAUGUCGACGGAUCUGGUGACUCUGCAUCCGAAGAGGAACAGAGAACCAAUGCUGAAACAACAACCAGCUCAACAUCAGCACCUGAAGUCGAAGCAUCAGGAGAAACUGAAGCUCCAGUCGCAGCCAACGAAGAUGAGAAGGUUACAGUCUCAGAAACAGAGGCCGAAGAAUCAUCUCCCGAUUCCGCAACUACAACAAAGCCUGAAGAAACAACAACAGUUUCAGAGAUUGAAUCUUCAGGUGAGACAGAAGAAACCACAGUUUCGUCAGUGGAACCUUCACUUGGAGCAACCAUUAGUUUGGCUCCAGACGUAGAAGGAUCUGGUGAAACGGAAAUAACCACAGUCUCCACAAAUGAAGCUACCACAGUUGGUACC